GCCAGUUUCCUGCGACCAAAACUCUCAGGAGAGUGGCUGCUCGUGACGGAGGUGGAGAACAGCGGUGGGAACCCGGGAUCAGAGAGGAGGGAGGAGACGGCGGCCGCAGCAGGUCUGGGGAAUGGAAGCGCCAGAAAGGAGCCAGCCGCCAGUGAGCAGAACAUGGCUGCCGUCUCCUGGAGCCUUGAUCCUUGCUGGUGAUGAGUCACUCGCAGGUGCUGCUUCCUGGUCAGAUCCACCUCAUCUACUCCUUGGUGCGGUGGCGGCCUCGUUUCUGUGAGGAGGAAACUUUGAAGGAACCGAAUGGAAACAACAGGAAUCGUCGAGUGACUUGAUGAUGAUGAUGAUGAGCUCUGCGAGCUCUUCUGCUGUGAGUCUGGUGUGAAGGUCUCUGGUGUUUCAUGAGGGCUGUUGAGCCGCUGUUGUCUGAGCCUCAGAAACCUGUUUUCCCUUCCUGGCGUGACACUAAACAGCCGAGAGGUCCACCUGCAUUUCCUUCUUGUUCCUGGGUGGAGGUGGUGGUGGUGGGGCCUGGUGGAAAGGUCAGGUCCGGGUGUCGGCAGCUGGGAGCACCCUGCCGCAGCAGGUCCUCCACCUUCACCUGUCUCCAUCAUGACCCUCACUGUCUUCCUCGCCUACACUCUUGGUUCCAGCUCUGUCUCUGACCGACUCGUUCCUGACCUCGACGACCUCUGACUCUGACUCCCUGUCCCGUCUGUGCGCCAGAGGUGCGGUUGGACACCGCUCAGACGAAUGGUAAACGACACGCUAUCUGACCAGCUGGUGGCGCCUCACCCAUGGUUUUGGACCCGGCACCAGGAACAUAAACGCUCCUCUGCUCCGCCUCACUCGGCGUCCAAGUCAGUUCCCGCUCUGGACUCGUCCGUUGCUCUAAAUGAGGAAACAGACACGCAAGUCCCGCAGGAGGCGUCGGGAACUCAUCGAGCAGAUCUGCCUGAUGGUGGCGCCGGACAACAAGGAACCACAAGUCCAGCCUUCUGUGGCCAGUCACUGCAGUCUUGGUCGCUCACGCUCGUCGCGCACGUGUCGCGUGUGAAACCCCGAGUGAAAUCUGUCCAGUGGCUUCGGUUCCUCUCUGCUGCGCGUGACACUCCUCUUUUAUUCUGAAAGUCAAGACUUUACUGUGAAAUUGAACCAGAAGUCCGAGCUUGAUCCGGAAGAGGACUUUCAUCCUGUAAGCGACGCAGAAGACGCGCGUGUGUCGUGAGGGACGAGGAUGUGUGACAGCUUAUCAGAGCGGGGUCAGGACCUCUCGGGUCUGGACCAGCAGGAGCCUGAACCGCAGCUCUGGCGCCUCAAGAAAGAAGGCGGCUCCUGCGGUUCUGCUGGAGCGGCGGCUCCAUGUGACGGUGAGAAGGUCAGAAGUGCAGGUCUGAAGAAGGUUCAGGGGAAGAUGUCGAUCACGGUGUGUGAGCCAGAAGUGAGAUGACGAGUCUCCCCCUCACGUUUGUUGCACGACGAAACACUGCUGCGUCAGCAGCCACGUGACGUCCGAGGUGCUGCUGACGACUCGUGGUCGGGAGGCUCCCGUCACCGAGGCCUUGAGUGUGGAAGAUGUGAAAACAUGAAGCAGUCAAUCACUUUCAUUCAGAAAGGUUGUAUUCGACCGUUCGUCGAAGGCAGCGACUCUUUCCAUGUGAGAGGUGAGCCGCACAGUCGGUGGGAGCAGCAGGACAGGAGCGGCGGCGGGACAAUCGGCCGAGUCGUGGUGAAGAGCGAAGAGGAUGAAGCUCAGGAGGCUCCGAGCGGCCGGAGUCAGUCCGCCUCCCUGUCUGACCAGCAGGGGUCGCUCUCUCCGGACUCUGACACUGACGACAGUGAGGACUGGAGGGAGACCAGCAGGGCCCGGAGGCGUCCGGCCGGGGAGCCGCUGAGCUGCCCGCAGUGCGGGAAGGUCUACAAGUACAAGCUGAGCCUGGCGCAGCACGGGAAGAGCUGCGAGGGGAAGCAGUCCUCCUGUCCCUUCUGCGACAAAACCUUCUCGCACUACAAAACCCUGAAGGAGCACCUGAACUUCCACACCGGAGAGAAACUGUUUGCCUGCAAACUGUGCGACAUGAAGUUCACCAAGCAGGUGCGGCUGAACGCGCACAUGAGGACGCACACGGGAGAGAAACCCUUCUGCUGCUCUGUCUGCGGGAAGUGUUUCCCCAAGUCCGACACGCUGAAGAGACACAUGCGAUGUCACACCGGAGAGAAGCCGGUCAGCUGCUCCGUCUGCGGCCGCAGUUUUACCGAGAACAGCAAUCUGAAGAACCACAUGCGCAUCCACACUGGGGAGAGACCCUACAGCUGCUCGGUGUGCGGACGCUCCUUCCCCAAGUCGGACUCCCUGAAGAGACACAUGAAGAUCCACACGGGGGCCACACCGGUGCUCUGCUCCCUGUGCGGGAAGUCUUUCACCGAGAGAGGCAACCUGAAGAGGCACAUGAAGACCCACACCGAAGUGAAGGUGGCCACCUCCUGACCAAGGUCAGCACAUUUUGUCUGACCUGUGAGGCCCUGGACAGGUGGUCCCGCAGAGAGACCGGCCCGUGCUCCUCGUCGUCACACGACCACCUCUGACUGGAGGGGGCGGAGCUUGCUGGCUUGUGUUUCAGCGAAUCCGCUCCGGGACGAACGCUGGUGAUGUGUGAAAAAUAAAUGGCAGGGAUGCAAAGGCCGGUGUUUUCUUGUUCAAGUCGGGUCAGGACGGUUUCACACAUGAGUCGACUGAGGAGCCCGCCUUCCUCAGACUGUUCAGAGGAGGGGGCCUUGGCAACUGCUCUCUGCACUUCCCAGCUUCCUUUCCUCAGACUUCUGUGUCUCCGGCUGUGUGUUCACGGUGCACGUGUCGGCGAAGGCCUCACGCUGCCCAUUCACACGCAGCCGUGGUGACUCUGAGGUCCGAGUCCGACCUGAGCUGAGAGACAGACAGACGAUCCUCUGGCUCCAGGCUCUGCUCACUGCUCCCUGGUGAGUCUCCCUGGACGGGCGGCAGAGCGGCGUGUCUGGAUCCAUAUUUGGUCUCACCCUCCGCUGCCUCCGGCCGGGGGAGAGAAGCAGCCAGUCCUGGCAAAAAGCGCGGGAGCCCCAGACGUGCGCGUGUGUGUUUGCUAUUUCCUGUGUGGCCACAUGACAUGAUGAGAGCAGGAUGCAGGAGCUCUCUCCCCUCCAGGACCCAAACAUCCUGUGCUAACUCUCUGAGGACCCAGCCAGACGCUGGCUUCCGUCUGGCUCCGACCGUCCGGGACUCAGUUCCACUGUGACGCUGCUCAGCUCAACUGCCUCACAGCGGAAGUCUUGCAGUUUAUACUGGGACCCCCCCCACACACACACACGCGCGCACAUUCACGUCUCCAUCCUCGUGGGGACCUCUCCCCCUAAACACAUGGCUCACCUGAUCCAGGACCCAGUGAUUCUGAAGUCUUCACCCUCAGAUUGAGGGUUGGGCCUGUCGGUCCCCACGAGGCAGGACACACGAGCACACACCCACAGCAACAACAGCCACCCGGGAGUCGUGCCACUGUGGCGUCAGGAGCCUGGUGAAAGUGGGCCGAGCUGUAGCACCGCAGGGGACCCGGUAAGGACCCCGGUCCCGCAGCACCGGGCUCCGCCGGCGCCUCGUCCUUGGCUCUACGUCGACCCUUCCCCCACCAACAUCCAUGAAUUCCCUAAAUCUCCUUUAAUCUGAGGCAUCAACUGGACUGGUCCAGUCUGGAGCACAGCGAAACACGCGCAGACCGCGCUGGCUGUGAUGGAGCGCUUCAGUAGAGAGGUGAGGAGGAGGACCGUCCCACAUGAGAGGCGCCCGCUCCUGUUUACAUCUGGCUUCAGACUGGACCUCCAUAUAAGGUCGUCCAGCCACUUGUGAUGUAACGGGACGGGUCGAGUUAAUUCCCCCCACCAACCCCCCCCUGAUGAGUACCCCCCCCACGCCGAGGGCCUGUCCUUGAUCCGUGGCCAUGUUUACCCACUCCCCGUCUCCCCCUCUUUCUCCCUCUCCCUCUCUCUCUCUCUCUCUCUCUCUCUCUCUCUCUCUCUCCCUCCCUCCCUCUCUCUCUCUG